GUUUUGGGUAGUUUUCUUUGUUAAGCAGAGCAGUUCCCAUAAUUAAUUUUUUCAAAUGGGAUUUGGGUUUUCAAAUUUUCUUCUUCCCAGGGGAGCUUCGAUCCCUGAAGCAUGUGUUUCUUGAGAAAUUUUGAACGGCCUUGCUUUUUUUUUGGGAUGAUUUCCAAAAUGUUCCACUGUUUCAUCAAGGGUUUAAGUUGUAGUGUUGGAGGUCUUCUCUUGAGUUCUUUUCUUGGUCUCAGAGGAGAUGGGGAGAAAAAAGGAAAAAUGGGAAAAAACACUGAUAGUUUGACUUCUCGACUUACGUUUUUGGCACCGCAUUUUGAGAUCCCCCUCUCUCCUUCUCAACUCUAAGGAAACCUUUUAUGGUUUAAAGAAUUCCUAUUUAACGUUUAUUUGGGAAGAACUUCUUCAUUUGUUUUUUUUCGAAAUGAAGAAAUCCUGAAGUUCAUCAGACAUUUUUCCUCUGCUCCUGUUUCUCUUGUACCUUUUGAGUCGAAGUGCUUGGUUUUCCUCAAAUGUGAUGCUAGGUGAAGAUACUAACCGGCGAUAAAUUUUAUGUGCGGCUUGUAAAUUAUUUUUACCAUGUGGAAAUAUGCCCACCUGCCUCCUAGGUGCCCGUUGCAGAGUAGAGGCCUCGCUUUCCCAAGUUUGGAUUCAGGCUCGUUGCUGAGUGAGAGAAGCCAGGACUCAUGCCAAGGACACAAACGUUCUCCAUCUUUGAGUGCAGUCAUAGAAGAGCAGCCAUCAUGGUUUGAUGAAUUACUUGGUGAAUCUGAAACGGGUCUCAGUGGGAGUCUUCAUCGACGCUCUUCUAGUGAUUCUGCUACAUUUUCAGAACCUCCUCAAGCCCUUUCAAGAUCAAAAUCAUUGGAGAGCGACAAGCUUAUUCACAAACAGUUGGAUGAGUUAGCAAAAGAAUGUCCCAGCUAUAACAGGUUGGAUAGAAAGGAGGAUGCCCCAUCGUCCUAUGCUCACAUACUGAUGAUGAAACAGCAGAAAGCAAAUGAGACCUCUUUUGCUAUUUCAUCUGGUUGCGUAUAUGGCCCUAAUUCUCCUAGAUUGAAGCCUGAUAUUGAAAGUCCCAUUGCAUCUGAAGAAUACAGCGGUGAGAUACCACUCUCAUUAUUGGCUGAGAACAUCUAUCCUUUUGCCUCUGAAAUUUCCAAUUAUAAUGCAAAAGAAAGUUCUGGUGGCACUGCCGCUAAUCAAGACCCUGAGGUGAAGGCAGCUAAAAGGCACUCUGGUCAACGAUCUAGAGUUCGUAAACUUCAGUACAUUGCUGAGCUUGAAAGAAGAGUAGAGAUGCUUCAGAUAUUGGAAUCAAGACUGGCAACAAAGGUAGAUCUCCUUUAUCAGCAGCGUGUUAUACUGACAGUUGAGAACAAUGAGCUGAAGCACAGGAUUGCAUGCCUUGCCAAGGAGAAAAUGAUAAAGGAUGGCCAAUGUCAAUCAUUAAAGAGUCAGAUUGAACGGCUGAAAUUGGUGCACACAAAUCACUCAAAGAACAGAAGGCAUUCCUCAAACAUGCAGAGGUCACCGAACUCUUCCUCUGAGUUGAGUUGGCAGAUGUUGGACAUGAGCAAGCUAAGUCUUGGUGGGGGUCGCCCAAUUUCCUUGACAGAUAGUUACAGAAGUUGAUACGAGAGAAUAGGACGGCGUCAAAAUCUUCCAGAGGGGAGGGUGUGCGGGUGCAUUCUUGCUAGACUACCAUGCUUGCAGAGUCAGCCCUGAAAGCCCCUGUGCGCUGCUUUUGUAUAUUUCCACUUGGUGGUGCCAAGGUGAAACAGCAUAGGGCUGAUGAAUUUAGGAAAAAAAAAAAGAGAAGAUAGAGAACUGUUUGUAGUGUAAACUUGUUACUCCUUUUCCUCAAAAGUUAAUUUUUAGUCAACUCUUUCUUCUUCAA